UUUUUAGUAGAGAUAAUCGAAGUAAGAGUGGAAGAACUGAAAGCAGCGUCUGAAUCCGAUGGCAAAAGAGGGAAACGAAUUUGAUGAAGUAAACCACGCCGUCGACGGCACGGGAGAGGAAGAGGAAGAGCACGCAGAUGACAAUGACAUGGAAGAAGAGGAUGAGUAUAUUUUCAGGUUCGAAAACGGGAUGAAUCCUUUGGACUUUGUCGAUAACAAUGACUCUAGCCUUCUACCCUACGAGCGAUUCGAGCGUCUUGAACAGGAAGCUCUCGCCGAUAAAAAGCGAAAAGCAACUGAAUGCCACAGUGAAGAGCCACCUUCUAAGAUGGCUAGGGAAAGUGAUAUUUCCGGGUCAAAGAUAGCUGAGAUAAUGGAAGCAAUGAAUUAUCAUGGUGUGCGCAAGAGAUCAAGAAAGCCUAAAAAGAGAGGCAGGCGAAAAGGAUCGAAGAAUAAAAUGGAUCCUAAGAUAGAACGGAUGCUGGGUGAUGCCAAUCUUCACUAUUCAUGUAAGGAUUAUGACAAGGCUAAAGAUGUGCUGCUUGAAGUUAUUAAGUUGGCACCGAAUGUGGCUGAAUCUUAUCACACCCUUGGACUUGUCCGUAAUUCGCUCCAGGAUGAUAAAGGAACAAUGACUUUUUACCUAAUUGCUGCUCUUUUGAAUCCUACUAAAUAUUCAUCUCUUUGGGAAAUGAUUUUUAACUUGUCCAUAAAACAAGGUCAUAAAGAUCAAGCACGAUAUUGUCUUUUAAAAGCAAUAACAGCAGAUCCCAAAAAUAUUACGCUUAGAUGUGAUCUUGCAGGGCUUUAUGUUGAACUUGGAGACCAUCAAAAAGCUGCUGUUACAUAUGAGCAAGUACAUCAACUCUGUUAUGAGAAUGUUGAUCCACUGAAAGAAGCAGCUAAGUUGUACAAAAAAUGUGGUCAAGUUGAGCAUGCUGUUUGUAUUCUUGAAGACUAUCUUAAGAGUCAACUGGACGGAGCAAAUGCGAGUGUAGUUGAUCUGCUGUGUACCAUAUUGAUGGAAACUAAGGCACAUGACAGAGCUUUGCAGUAUAUUAAACAUGCCCAAGCUGCAAAUGCAUGGGAAGAAUUACCGUUGAAUUUGAAAAUUAAGGCUGGAAUUUGCCAUGCUCAUCUUGGAAAAAUGGAAAUGGCUCAGGUUCUCUUCAAUGAUUUGAAACCAGAGAAUGCAAGCAAGCAUGUUGACUUGGUUAUUGAGGUUGCUGAUUCAUUAAUGGGUCUUGAACAUUAUAACCCUGCAUUGAAUUACUAUUUGAUGUUGGAAGGAAAUAUUGGAAACGAAAAUGGUCCUCUAUAUCUGAAACUUGCUAAAUGUUACAGGUCCUUGAAAGAAAGUUCACAAGCAAUUACUUUUUUUUACAAAGCCCUUGAAAUACUACAAGAUGACGUUGAUGCACGGAUAACUCUAGCUUCCCUUCUGCUUGAAGAGGGAAAAGAAGAUGAAGCAAUUUCCUUGUUGUCUCCUCCAAAUGAUUCUGACUCUGGUGAUGCAAAUCCUGAAAAGUCAAAUAGAUGGUGGGUUAAUACAAGAAUAAAACGGAAGCUCUGCAACAUUUAUAGAAAUAGAGGGACACUUGGUGAUUUUGUGGAUAAAAUUUUCCCUUUGGUUCGUGAAUCAUUAGAUGUUGCAACUCUUCGACAGAAGGGUAAAUCAAAAAGGCGACUCACCAAAAGAGAUCUGGUCGAAAGGGUUAGGAUGGUAGAUGGUCCAGAAAAUGAUAAUGUAUUUCGAGGAUUCAGGCCAGUAGCUGCACCAUCUGACCGGUUGAAAGCUUCCAGGGCAAAAAAGUUGCUGCAGAAGAUGGCAAUUGAAAAGGAGAAAAGAAAAGCUGAGGCACUGGCCUCCGGAAUUGAUUGGCUAAGUGAUGAUUCAGAUGAUGAACCUCAGAUAGAAAACAGAGAACCUCCCUUGUGCAUUCUUCAGAAAUAUGAAGAACAUCACCAGCUAAUAAUCGAUUUGUGCAAGGCAUUAGCAUCCUUGCAAAGGUAUUGGGAAGCACUGGAGAUUAUUAAUCUCUCUCUAAGAUUGGCUGGUACAUCUCUGUCUACUGACAAGAAAGAGGAACUUCGAUCCCUUGGAGCUCAAAUGGCAUACAGCACCACGGAUCCUAAACAUGGGUUUGAUUGUGUAAAAUACAUUGUUCAGCAACAUCCACACAGUGUUGCAGCUUGGAAUUGCUACUACAAGGUUAUCUCAAGAUUGGAAAACCGAGAUACAAGACAUUAUAAAUUUGUACGUGUUAUACAAGGAAAGUUUGUGGACUGUGUGCCUCCUAUUUUAAUUUCUGGCCAUCAGUUUACCAUAUUUAGCCAUCAUCAAGAUGCAGCAAGGAAAUACCUUGAAGCUUACAAACUAUUGCCAGAGAAUCCCUUGGUUAAUCUCUGCGUUGGAACAGCCCUGAUCAACUUAGCAUUGGGUUUCAGACUUCAGAACAAGCAUCAAUGUCUUGUACAAGGUUUAGCAUUCCUCUACAACAACUUGAGAAUCUGUGAGAACAGCCAGGAAUCCUUGUACAACAUAGCUCGGGCUUAUCAUCAUGUUGGCCUUGUAACUCUGGCGGCUGUUUAUUAUGAGAAAGUGAUUGGUAUUCGCGAGAAAGACUGUCCAAUUCCAAAACUUCCCAAUGAAAAUCCAGAUGUCAUCGAAAAUCAUAAACCUGGUUACUGCGACCUUCGCAGAGAGGCAGCUUACAAUUUGCAUUUAAUCUACAAAAAAAGUGGUGCUCUUGAUCUUGCUAGGCAAGUUCUCAAAGAUCACUGCACCUUGUGAGUUCACAUAUACCUUCUCCAACCACAAGCAUCUUGCAGAUUUAGUUAGUAUUUGCAAUUAAUAAUGUAAAAAAGGUUUAGAAACACUUGCAAUGCAACCUAAUCUAUUAGGUUUUGGUAUAUGGUUUCAUUCAUACAUAUGAGGACAUUGGUGCAAGUUAUACUUACUUUUAUAGAAUGUAUUUUUACAAUUUUACCGUUAAAUUGUAAUUACAUAUUACCUUAA